AUGAAAUAUGACAAACUUCAACCUUCGAAAGAAGCCGACACAGAUCACGAUGUGAAUGAAGCCUUACUUCAUGACGUGGAAAUCUCCUCGGCACCAAGAAUAACUCGUCAAGCUUUGAGUCGACGCUUAAUAUGGCCAUGUAUCCUAAUCUUCGAAAACAUACUCAUCGUCCUCGCCCUACUCAUCUUCUGGAAGAGACUUGUCCCCCCACCUACAAAUCUUAACUACCAAGUCCUAACAGCGGACAACAAGACAUAUCCAUCGGGUCCUUUGUCCUGGUCACAAAAUUUCGAAGCACUACCAUGUGGCAAGACACCCGAGGAAGCUCGAGCCCGAGGGUGCGAAUUUGACAUGCUCGUCACAGCAUGGCUACCACCCCGAUGUAUCGAUCGCGAAUUAGUCGACGAAUUCACCGCAUUAGGCGAAUGGGACUUUUACACAAAGUAUCAUGCUACGGAAGGCGACAAGUUCCACACCUAUGAUCCCGACUUCCUGGGAUCAGUCAAUCAGACCAUCUACACUGAGAGACGAUGGCAUAUCACCCAUUGCCUGUUCAUGUUCAAGAAGCUCACUCGAGCGUUGGUGAAUGGGUGGCCGGUGGAUGCUGAAGCUGUAUCGGAACCUCAUACAGAACACUGUAUGAAGACUUUUACUGAGCAAAUGUUGUUUGGGCCUAAACUUGACCUCGAUGAGAUCGAAACGUACUUGGAGAUUAUUUAUCCGCCGUGCUCGGUAUGA